CCUCCCGUCCCCCCCACCCCAGCUGAAUAGGCUGCGUUCUCUUGGAACGCGCCGCAGAACGAGGUUCUGGUGACCCUAGCCGCGUUCCCUCCUUAGUCCUUUCGCCUACCCACCGCCGUACCCGACAGACCCACCCCGUCCUGUGCCAGGCAAGGUGACCCAUGGCAACGCGCAGGCCAGAUGGGUCCAGCUUCAACAUGACCCGCCUGUCCCUGGCUCUGGCUUUUUCCUUUCCCCCAGGUGCCAGUGAGCAACCCCACUCUGAGCUGGGCAACACCCAGCAACAGACAGAGUUAGGAAAGGAAAGCGCUGCCACCGGCACCAUGCCCCACCCAUACCCAGCACUGACCCCGGAGCAGAAGAAGGAGCUGGCUGACAUCGCUCACCGAAUUGUAGCUCCGGGCAAGGGCAUCCUGGCUGCAGACGAGUCCACUGGAAGCAUUGCCAAGCGCCUGCAGUCCAUUGGCACCGAGAACACCGAGGAGAACAGGCGCUUCUACCGCCAACUGCUGCUGACUGCCGAUGACCGUGUGAAUCCCUGCAUUGGAGGGGUGAUCCUUUUCCAUGAGACACUGUACCAGAAGGCAGAUGAUGGCCGUCCCUUCCCCCAAGUUAUCAAGUCCAAGGGUGGUGUUGUAGGCAUUAAGGUAGAUAAGGGUGUAGUGCCCCUGGCUGGAACCAAUGGCGAGACCACUACUCAAGGGCUGGACGGGCUGUCUGAGCGCUGUGCCCAGUAUAAGAAGGAUGGAGCCGACUUUGCCAAGUGGCGCUGUGUGCUAAAGAUUGGGGAACAUACUCCCUCGUCCCUCGCCAUCAUGGAAAAUGCCAAUGUUCUGGCCCGUUACGCCAGCAUCUGCCAGCAGAAUGGCAUUGUACCCAUUGUGGAGCCUGAAAUUCUCCCUGAUGGGGACCAUGACUUGAAGCGCUGCCAGUAUGUAACUGAGAAGGUACUGGCAGCUGUCUACAAGGCUCUGAGUGACCACCAUGUCUAUCUGGAAGGCACACUGCUGAAGCCCAACAUGGUCACCCCUGGCCAUGCUUGCACCCAGAAAUUUUCCAAUGAGGAGAUUGCCAUGGCAACUGUCACAGCACUUCGUCGCACAGUGCCCCCUGCUGUCCCUGGGGUCACUUUCCUGUCGGGAGGGCAGAGUGAGGAAGAGGCAUCCAUCAACCUCAAUGCUAUCAACAAGUGUCCCCUGCUGAAGCCAUGGGCCUUGACUUUCUCCUAUGGCCGAGCCCUGCAGGCCUCUGCUCUAAAGGCCUGGGGUGGGAAGAAGGAGAACCUGAAGGCAGCCCAGGAGGAGUACAUCAAGCGAGCCCUGGCCAACAGCCUCGCUUGUCAAGGAAAGUACACUCCAAGUGGCCAGUCUGGAGCCGCAGCCAGUGAAUCUCUCUUCAUCUCUAACCAUGCCUACUAACCCGAGCUGAUCUGAUCUAAGGCUGCUCCAUCAACACUCCAGGCCCCUGCCUACCCACUUGCUAUUGAAGAGGGGCCUUCAGGCUCUUUCCCAUCACUCUUGCUGCCCUCGUGUGUGCAGUGUUGUCUGUGAAUGCUAAAUCUGCCAUCCCUUCCAGCCCACUGCCAAUAAACAGCUAUUUAAGGGGG